AUGGAUGCCUCGCAGUCUAAAGAGGACCGCCUGGCGGAACUAUCAAGCCUCGCCUCCGCAAAAGCCGCGAUCAAAGACUACAAUACUGCAGCUGAUCUAUACUCACAGGCCGCCGAAUUACAGGCAGACGUCAAUGGUGAAAUGGCCGUUGAAAACGCAGACUUACUAUAUCUGUAUGGGAAGUGCUUGUACUACGUUGCAGUGAGCAAUAGCGACGUUCUUGGUUCCAAAGCCGCCGUUCAAACCGCAGUGGACUCGGGAAAGCCGCCUGGGAAGGAAUCCGCCACUACACUGUGUCCUGAUAACUUACCAGGACCCCAGAAAACUUCAGCGCCGACAGAUACAACCUCAACAACAGAUGUGGAAAAGUCGGCGAAUACCGCUUUUUUUCAAUUUACCGGAGACGAGAACUUCGAAGAUGAUGAGGAGGAAGAUGAAGGAAAUGACGAAGCGGAGGGACCUGCAGAAGAAGAUGAUGAUUUUGAAAACGCAUUUGAGACUCUUGAUAUGUCGCGCGUGCUGUCACUUCGCAAAUUAGAGAUACUCUCGCAGUCUUCGGAGGAUCAGGGUGAUGAUGAUGUUAGGUUGGCUGAGGUCCGGAAGGUAAAACUGCGACUUUCAGACAUUUAUGAUUUACAAGCGGAGAUAUCUUUGGAAGGCGAAAGAUUCAAGGACGCAGUUGCUGACCUUCGGGCGGCACUGGAUCUUAAGCGCGAACUCUGCGCCCCCGAAGAUUCUGCAAUUGCUGAGUGCCAUUACAAACUAUCACUAGCUCUGGAGUUUUCUUCCAUUACCCGAACAAGCGACGACAACGAAUCGGGACCUUCGCAGAUUGAUCUCAAUGUCAGGGAAGAAGCGGUAGAACAGAUGAAAGCGGCAAUACAAUGCUGCAAACUCAGAAUUUCUAUCGAAGAGAAGAAGUUGGCAGACUUGGACAGUACAGAGUCACAGGAAGCAGCCAAACUCAACCGCUACCUCGAUGAUGUGAAGGACAUUGUAUCUGAUAUGGAACAGAGACUUAUAGAGUUGCGUCGCCCACCCCAAAAAGACGAGGAUGACACGGUGAAUAAAGAGAGUAUUAUUGUUCAAAGCCAAAUGACGGGUAGUAAGGUAUCUCUGGGUGAGGCAAUGAAAAGCGCGAAUGACUUGAGCUCGCUUGUCCGGAAAAGGAAACGGGUUUCCGCAGCAACUGAAGCCCAGCCAUCUGAGGGGGAAUCGGCUCCUAGUAAACAGACCAAGCAAGAUCCGGCAUGA